AUGUCAACAUGCUGUAAAUCUAUGCAUUGUUGCAAACCAGUGAAAAGCAAUGGAUGGCUAUAUCCCACACUGCUUCUGUGUGCCUAUGGAUUUUUCUCAAUGAUGAGACCAUCAGAGCCUUUCUUAACACCCUACCUUGUUGGACCUGAUAAAAAUUUAACCAUUGAGCAGGUUACUAAUGAAAUACUUCCUGUAUGGACCUACUCUUACUUGGUAAUGUUGAUCCCUGUCUUCUUGGUCACAGAUUAUCUCAGAUAUAAACCUAUCAUAAUCUUACAAGGAAUGAGCUUCAUUACUACCUGGCUGAUGCUGCUAUUUGUGCAAGGAGUCCUGGCUAUGCAAUUCUUAGAAGUCAUCUUUGGCACUGUGUCUGCCACCGAAAUAGCUUAUUACUCUUAUAUUUACAGUAUUGUUGAUUCAGAGCACUACCAAAAGGUGACCAGUUACUGCCGGAGUGUCACGUUGGUUGCAUACACCCUGGGCUCCAUUCUGGGACAAGUUUUAGUCUCUGUUGGGGAUGUAUCUUACUUCACUCUGAAUGUGAUUUCACUGGUUUCAGUGUCAGUGGCUUUCCUUACUUCCAUCCUCCUGCCAAUGCCCAAGAGAAGUAUGUUCUUCCACAGGAAAGAAACUGAAGACACUCAGGUCACACCAUACACUGAAAGUGUCAAGCCAGCCUCCGGAAAGAUUCCUCCGCAGAGUGAUCUGGAUAUAGAGGCCAUCUCACAGGGUCCUGCCAAUGUGCAUGAAGAUGUACACAGUCUGGCGAAAACAACUGAGUGCAAGGGUGUGCUAAAGGACCUCCUCCAAAUGUAUUUUGAUUUCAAGGAAAGCUAUUCCUCUCCAAAAAUUAUCUACUGGUCUGCCUGGUGGGCAUUGGCCACUUGUGGGUUUCUGCAAGUUGUAAAUUAUGUCCAGUUGCUGUGGGAUCACGUUGAACCAUCCCAAAAAAAUACAGCCUACAAUGGUGGUGUGGAAGCAAUUUCAACCUUUAUGAGUGCUGUUAUGUCCUUUGCUGUGGGCUUUAUAAAGCUGGAUUGGGCAGUCUGGGGAGAACUGGCACUUGGCAUCUUUUCAGUGGUAGAUGCUGGUGCUUUAUAUGCCAUGGAUCGUGCAAACAAUAUCUGGGUUUGUUAUGCCGGUUAUGUCGCAUUCAAAGCUUCCUACUUCUUGUUAAUUACCAUAGCUACAUUCCAAAUAGCUGCUAACCUGAGCAUGGAGCGCUACGCACUAUUGUUUGGAAUAAAUACCUUUACAGCCCUACUUCUUCAGACCAUUCUGACCAUCAUUGUUGUUGAUUCAAGAGGCCUUGGUUUGGAUAUUACCACCCAGUUCCUGGUUUAUGGGACUUACUUUGCUGCAAUAGCAGGACUUUUCCUCAUCAGAGGAAUUUACACCUUAAAUCAAAGUCGGAGGAAAAGAAAUAGACAAGAUGGGUCAGAGGUCAUCAAUGAAAACAUCCAACCACCUGGAAAUGAGAUAUACCUUACAGAACGAUUUUGA